AUGUGCGGCUGCGAAGUGGGGUCCGACCUGCGAUUCCUCCGCGGAUACUGGCAGGACGUCGCAGAUUACAUCGCUCUUGGUGAGGACCUGAGCUCCUGGGUGGUGGCGGACACUGCGGCUCAGAUCACACAGCGCAAGUGGGUGGAGGCCCUGGAGGCAGAGCAGGAAGGGGCCUACCUGGAGGGCACCUGCGUGGAGUGGCUCCGCAGAUACCUGGAGAAGGAAAGGAGACGCUGCAACGCGCAGGAAGCAGUCACCCUAAAGUGCUGGGCCCUGGGCCUCUACCCUAAGGACAUCUCCCUGACCUGGCAGCCGGAUGGGCGGGAGUUGGCCCAGGACAUGAUGCUGGUGGAGACCAGGCCUGAUGGGAAUGGAACUUUCCAGAAGUGGGUGGCUGUGGUGGUGCCUUCUGGAGAGGAGCAGAAUUACAUGUGCCGGGUGGAACAUGAAGGGCUGCCUGAGCCCCGCACCCUGAGAUGGGAGCGGCCUCUUCAGCCCUCCAUCCCCCCUGGAGUGGUCAGAGCCAAAGGAGCCACUGCCAUCCCCAGUCUCCUUGUGGUCACUGCUCUGGUGGCUGUUGUGAGGUGGAGGAGACUGAGACCAGGAAGAAGGGGUCAGGGUCUCAGUGUUUGGGGUUCAGGUCCCAGGGAGAAGUGCGCCUACCUCAUUAUAGUAAACAUCGUCCACACGCAGUGCUUACCCUCCCCAGGGCCCCAGGACACUUACUCUGUUGUAAAGAACAGGGAACUGAAAGGAUAGAUUUGUCACCCAGAG